AGCUCUGCAUGUAAGGUGAAGGUUACUGCUGCGACGACGACCGCGACGAGCGAUACCGUUUUGGAGAAGUUUACUUUAGUACGUGAGCAACUGAGCUGUCAAAAUGUCAGAAAGAAAGGUUCUGAAUAAAUACUAUCCCCCAGACUUUGAUCCUUCAAAAGUUCCCAAACUCAAACAAGCCAGAAACCGUGUUUACAACAUCCGUACCAUGGCACCAUUUAACAUGAGGUGUAACACUUGUGGUGAGUACAUUUACAAAGGUAAGAAGUUUAACUCCAGAACUGAGCUGGUGGAGAAUGAGAACUACCUGGGACUGCACAUACGCAGAUUUUAUAUCAGGUGCCCAAGAUGUGUGGCAGAGAUUUCUUUCAAGACAGAUCUUGAGAACACAGACUAUGCCAUAGAAGCAGGUGCCACCAGGAAUUUUGAGGCCAUGAAGACAGCAGAGAAGUUGGCGAGGGAUGAAAUAAAACAGAAAGAAGAAGAGGAAGCUAACAAUCCAAUGAAAUUGUUAGAAAAUCGAACAAAACAAUCCAGAAAUGAAAUGGAGAUGCUGGAAAAUCUUGAGGAGCUCAGAGAAAUCAACUCCCGUAAGGAGAAAGUGGACCAAAAUACCAUGUUAGAACUGCAUGCUGCUUAUGAAGAACAACUGGCAAAGCUUCAGGAUGAAGAAGAUGAAAAGUUCAUACAGUCAGUGUUUGGGAAGAAGGAUGAGGGACUUGUCAAAAGGAUCCAUGAUUCAGAUGAUAGUGACAGUGAAGAAGUACCUGUAAUGAAGAAGUUUGCAGUUGGUGACAAACCCACAGAUAUUCUGGCAGAGGAUGUCAACACAGAAAAGACAACACAGGUGACAUCUUCUUCUUCAAAGACUUCAACCUCCUCACAGCAAAAACCAUGGAAGAAAAGUCAGGGGGUUAUGUCAAAGAAAUCUUCAUUGAAAGGACUGGUUCUUGUUAAACCUAAGAAAGACAGUAACACAGAAACAAAACAUGUAUCGACCCCCACAGCAGGAGAAAAUGGAUCAGCUAGUGUAUCAGAUGAAACUAAUGACAAAGAGAAGACAUUAGCAAAUGGGACCACUAAUGUAUCCAAUAAUGUAAAAUCUUCAAGCACUGCUACAGCAAGUAAACCUGUAGUUGCUGGUGGAUUGUCUUUACUUGGAAAUUACUCUGAUAGCAGUAACAGUGAAGAUAGUGACUAG